UUUUGUUAUAAUAGUUUUUGUUCACCCCUGGAAAACAACCAAGAACGCAACCCCUUUCUAUCUCUCUGGGAAUAACGACAUGGACGAACGUCAAAAAUCUCUGAUCCUCAACUCCUCCUCUCGCUUUCCUCCUCCCCAAGUUCAUUGCAGGAGUGAGGCUAUCCUAUGGUACAGCUGGUUUCAGGGCAGACGCAUUACUCCUCGAAUCAACAGUGUUUAGAGCUGGGAUUUUGGCAGCUCUUAGAUCUCUAAAAACCCAUUCAGUGAUUGGCUUGAUGAUCACUGCAUCACACAACAAAGUCAGCGAUAAUGGAAUCAAAGUUGCUGAUCCAAGUGGUGGCAUGCUCACUCAAGACUGGGAACCCUUCGCUGAUGCUAUCGCCAAUGCCGCCACUCCCGAACAUCUUGUUCAGUUGAUAGAUGAAUUUGUAAAGAAGGAAAAUAUCCACUUUCAUGGAGUGCGGUCAGCAGAGAUAUUGUUGGGAAGAGACACAAGGCCUAGUGGUGAAUCUCUUCUUGAAGCUGCUAAACAAGGUAUCAAUUCAAUUGUUGGUGCUCUUGCUAUAGACAUGGGAAUUUUAACAACUCCACAGCUACACUGGAUGGUUCGUGCUAGAAACAAGGGUAUGAAAGCAACUGAAGUUGAUUACUAUGAGCAGCUUUCUGUUUCAUUCAGGUGCUUGAUUGAUUUGAUUCCGAAUGGACAAAAAAUCCAUGAGAUCGAGGACAAAUUGGUCAUGGAUGGGGCUAAUGGCAUUGGUGGAGAAAAAAUGGAAGUACUAAAGAAGAUGUUGGAUUGUCUGCCUAUUGAGGUUCGCAAUUCUGGGAAAGGAGGAGGUAUACUCAAUGAAGGAGUUGGUGCAGAUUAUGUGCAGAAAGAAAAGGUUGUUCCACAAGGAUUUGGCUUUAAGGAUGUUGGGAUAAGGUGUGCAAGUUUAGACGGAGAUGCUGAUCGACUUGUUUAUUUUUCUGUGCCAUCAUGUGAUAGCAACAUGAUUGAUCUUGUUGAUGGUGACAAGAUACUAUCUUUGUUUGCUUUAUUUAUUAAGGAGCAAUUGAGUGUUCUUAGCAUGGACGGAAAUGAGAAGAUCAGUGAUGAUUAUCGAGCUCGAUUUGGUGUUAUACAGACAGCUUAUGCAAAUGGAGCAUCCACGGAUUACCUCAAACAGUUGGGGCUUGAAAUUGUGUUUACCCCAACAGGAGUUAAAUACUUGCAUGAGCAAGCUGCUCAGUAUGAUAUUGGGAUCUACUUUGAGGCCAAUGGCCAUGGCACGAUCUUGUUCUCAGAAUGCUUCUUAUCUUGGUUAGAGACCAGAUGUAAUGAGUUGUCCUCCAAAAAUCAAGACACGGAACAGCAUAAAGCUGCUUUGAGAUUAUUAGCUGUUAGUAAGUUGAUCAACCAGGCUGUUGGAGAUGCUUUAAGUAAUUUGCUAUUGGUGGAAGCCAUUUUACAACACAUGGGAUGGUCAAUCCAUAAAUGGGUUGAGCUUUAUCAGGAUCUUCCAAGCAGACAGCUGAAGGUCAAAGUUGCAGACAGAACUGCUGUAGUCACAGCAAAUGCAGAGACUAUGGUUGUGACACCGCCUGGCAUUCAAGAUGCCAUCAAUGUAGAGAUUGCCAAAUACACCAGAGGCCGAUCUUUCAUACGGCCAUCAGGUACAGAGGAUGUUAUACGUGUAUAUGCAGAGGCAUCAACACAAGAAGCAGCAGACAGUCUUGCCAGCUCUGUAGCAAAACUUGUCGACCAGUUUCUAGGAUUUGGCAGCCCAAGAUAGGAUUUUUUUUUAAAUAUUUAUAACAAAUGACUUGUUUGUCAUACAGUCAAAUUAGAGUUUUUAUCAUUGAUUACUGGAUAUUUUUACAAGUCUAACCAUUAUUUUUUCAACUUUUUC